AUAAUUGGACUGUUCUAAUGUUAAAUUGGAAAAUCGUAUGACAAAUGAUAGUUUGGUUGGGGUAUAAAAGCACCUGCAAAACACUGAGAGACAAAAAGUAUUUCUUUUCAUUAGUUUGAAAAGUGUUACAAAUAUAAAACAGUGUUACUUAAUUUGAGUUUUGUUUCACGGCUUCUGCAAGAAUAUGAAGUUCUGUGUUAUUGGAUUUGUAAUUAUCUUGAAUUUUGCAAUUAGUUUCGCUAAAUUAGCCCCAGUCCUGCGGGCAUGUUCUACAAGCGAUCCCCAGUAUGAAAAAUGUGUUCGAGGGGUCAUAGAAAGCAUUCGACCUAACAUUAUUUCGGGUAAUUUCGGUGAAGGUCAUCCGAAGGCACCCCCGCUGGAACCGUUUUCGAUACCGAAACUAAACAUCGAACACGGGGCCAGUUUCCGGGUUAAGCUGACCAACACCGUGAUCAGAGGAUUGGGCGGUUUUGUGCUGGGCCGUGUCAGAUUCAGCACAGAAGAUAGGGUGAUCAACAUUACCUUGAAAGAACCAACAAUUUCCUUAAAAGGACAGUACGAUCUGAACAUGAAAGUUGCCAUCAUGGAUGUCUAUGGAAAAGGCGAUCUGGCAGUAAAUUUGAAUAACACGAUCGUAAACCUCCAGCUCAGUUACGACAUCGGAAAGGAUCAAACCAUUCAGGUGCGGGCAAUCGUGGUCAAGUUGCGAUUUGACAAGGUUCGUGUCCAACUGAAAAACCUCUUCGACGGUGACAAAGCAAUGGGAAAGAUGGCUAAUGAUGUAGUCAAUAAAAACCCGGACAUGCUGCUGAACGAGGUGGGUCCGGAACUUGAGGGCUUUUUGGGAAAGCUUUUCACCGAAAUUGCCAACACCGUGAUCGGGGGAGCAACCGUGCAGGAGUUGUUGCCACCUUAGAAUUGAGUCCGUGCGGUCCCACGUGGAUAACUUUAUUUUUCGAGAGAAAAAGGGAAAAAUGCAAUUAACAGCCACAGAUCGGAUAAAAAACUUGAAUAAAUAUUUCCAUGAAUUAUUUUCAAAGCCGUCAAGCAACAAAA